GCUACCGUCCUGUACGUUUUCACUCCAACCACAAUUGUAACUAACCUGAUUCAGCUUAUCAACCAGCUAAACAUUAUAAUCAGGUGCGCUAAAUGAGGGUUGGUGUGCAAACCUACAGAAUGGUAGCUCUCCAGGACCAGGGUCUGAGAGCCCUGAUUAUAUACUGCACCCAUUUAUUCUUGGAAAAUAUAACUUAGAAAUACCUCAUGAGCUUAGUUCAAUUGUCGUACCCAAUCAGAACCCAAAAUAUAAGUCCAGGAUUCAAUCAGAUCUGCAGUAACUUGCGUUAGCCGACAUAGCUUUUCAUUUAUUUUGUUUAGGCAGUGUCUGAGGUGCUACUGUGUUAGAGCUGUCAAAUCGGUGGGUGGCUGCUUUUGUGAUCAUUGUCACGAAAUCACACCUGUGCUUAUGUCCCACCCAUGUUAGAAGUUCAGAACAAAAAAAGUGUAAACCGUAUAGAAGUAAUGACACUCAAAUGUAAAAUCAUUAAACAAAACUAUAGGGAUUUAUAUCAGCCUAAUUGAGGUGAAGAUUACAUCACACAUUCCAGUGUUCAAACUUGUAACGAGUCUGCAUGGGAUUUCUACUGUGCAUCCCAGGGCAAUGUCCGGGGUUUGACAGCAGUUACACCUCAGGUUGCCAAUUUUAUUGAAUUUUGGCAUAAGGAUUCAACUGUCACUUCCUUUGACAACCCCUGGCGUUAUACCUAUCGUGGACAUUGCCAAUGGAUGCACCAAGUCACAUAAGUAGAAAUCCCAUUCAGCUGUGUUACAAGUUCCUACAUUGGAAUGUGUGAUGUAACUUACACCUCAUUUUUGCUGAUAUAAAUCCUUAUUAUUUGAAUAAUUUUCAAUUUGAGUGUAAUUACGCGUUUGUCAGUUAACGCGGGUUACGGCUGUAGUUUGUGAAUUCAUUUAAUUGAUUGAUUGAAUCACAUUCCUUUGAAAAAGCAAAACAAUUAUUCACUAUUAUGCUCCCUUUAAGAGUAGCUAAAUAUCCCUUACAUAUCCAUGUUUUCCGCCUGCAUUUUCUCUUUGUCUCUUACUGUCUGUCAUCGUAGGAGCCCCCAGGCCGAUCGGGAGAUGCCGGCAGCCAAGGCCCCACCACCACCUUUAACUCUGGCUUCCUGUUGGUGAUGCACAGCCAAUCAGACACAUUUAUUUCCUGUCCAGCAGACAUGACACAACUGUGGACUGGCUACAGUUUGCUGUACCUGGAUGGCCAACAGAAAGCCCACACACAGGACCUCGGCCGGGUCAUGUAUGCGUCUCUUCAGCCCCAUGCCUUUCUCCUACUGUAAAAUGGGCAUGUGUGACUACGUCAGCUGCAAUGACAAGUCCUACUGGCUAUCCACCACAGCGGCAGUGCCCAUGAUGCCUGUGGCCCAGGACAUCCAGCAGCACAUCAGCCGCUGCGUAGUGUGUGAGGCCCCCUCCCCUGCUGUGGCAGUUCAACAGCAACCCCUUCUGUCCCCCCAACUGGAGGAGUCUGUGGGUAGGAUACUCCUUCCUCAUGGACCUGAGCCCUUGGACCAUGCCUCAGGACUACCUGGCAUGAUGACUUCUUGUUGUCCCCAGUCCACCUGGCCGUGCUGCUGCUCCAGAUUCAACUGUUCUGCCUGUGGCUAUGGAACCCUGAUCUGUUCACUGUGAUUACUAUUAUUUGACCAUGCUGGUAAUUUAUGAACAUUUGAACAUCUUGGCCAUGUUCUGUUAUAAUCUCCACCCAGCACAGCCAGAAGAGGACUGGAACCCCACUUUGCCUGGUGCCUCUCUAGGUGUUGGCCUUUCUAGGGAGUUUUUCCUAGCCACUGUGCUUCUACACCUGCAUUGCUUGCUGUUUGGGGUUUUAGGCUGUGUUUCUGUACAGCACUUUGAUAUAUCAGCUGAUGUAAGAAGGGCUAUAUAAAUACAUUUGAUUUGAUCAUCUUCGUAAACAAUUUGGUAUGAUUUCUGUCAGCAUUCUUAAUCCUUAUAGGAGAAGCCUUUCAGUAAUAAUUCCUCUAAGCAACCAGUAGUCUUAAGUAUUAUAUGUGGACUGUUUCAAGGUUAAAUAAAUGCAUAUAAUU